UACUUAUCUGGUAGUGGGAUAUUAGGAUAUGGUGACUGAGUACUUGGGGCCACUUAAACUUUUGUCUGUGGUAGCGGUUAUGGGGUAUAUACAACCCUUUUGUAGUUUCCGGGAAGGUUAUGAAAUAACAACUUAUCUUUUAACCUGCAACUUUUCCUUUUCUCUGCAAUCUUGUCUCCUUGGUGCGGCUGGUGCUUACCAACCAUCAUCCCGACGCCGACGGCACAUCCCCACCAUCGCAGGACUUUUCCCUCUCUUUCUCUCUCUCCCUCGUCUCAGUGAAGCACGGGAGCACAGAGAACCCCCUCGAGCAGGUAUAAACCUCUUCAUUUCGCCUUGUACUAUUUGAACCGUUGAUCAGGUAUAAACCUCUUCAUUUCGCCCUAAACCCCAAGGCCCAAAGCUUUGCAAUGGAUGCAAGGCUAUUUGACGCUUCUCAGACGGGAGAUGUCCGACUUUUGCAUGAAUUGCUGGCAGAGAAUCCACUUCUACUCCAUAGAGUUGCGCUAACUUCCACGGAGAAUCCUUUACAUGUUGCUUCGAUUGCUGGGCAUGUCGACUUUGUCAAGGAGAUUGUGAGGUUGAAACCAGAUUAUGUUGAAGAAAUGAACCAGGAUGGUUUUAGCCCCAUGCAUAUUGCAUCGGCCAAUGGGUAUUUGGAAAUUGUAAGGGAGAUGCUGAGAGUUGACAAUGACCGGAGACUCUGCCGGCUACAGGGAAGAGAUGAGUGGACUCCUCUUCAUUAUGCCGCUAGCAGAGGGAGGGUGGACGUAAUUAGAGAAAUUGUCAUGGCUUGUCCAGAAAGUGUUGAAGAUGUGACCGUACAAGGGGAGACUGUUAUUCACCUUGCUGUUAAGUGCAGCCAGUUUAAAGCAAUUAAUUAUUUGGUGGAAUUGGUAGCAGAAAGGAACAAGGUGAACAUCCUGAAUAUGAAGGAUAAGCAUGGUGGCGACUCAGUUCUUCAUCUAGCAACCCGGAAAAAACAACAUCAGGUGGUGGAAGGAUUACUUGGCAAUGAAACAAUUGCAGGAGCCUUGGAAGUAAAUUCUGUAAACGAUAUGGGUCUCACAGCUUUGGAUCUGGUCUUCCCAAAUGAAACCGGUGAUUGGGAAAUGGAGGCAAUCCUUCGUGGUGCUGGAGCUUUGAGAGCAGGAGAUAUAGUCCACUCUGGUGUCCAAUUCUCCAAUUCUCAUAGCCAUAACCAUAACCACACGUCAUCAGAGACUCAUCAGUUGCAGCAGGAGCAGCAGAGGACAAAUAGGUGGGAAUACUUCCAGUUCAAAAAGGGCAGAGACAGUCCUAGCGAUGCACGUACUGCGCUGCUAGUUGUCGCUUCACUAGUGGCUACGGCCACCUUUCAAGUGGGACUCAACCCUCCAAAUGGAAUUUGGCAGAACAGUAGUGGUGUGAAUAAUAAUGGGACUCGCAGCAGCAAUGAACCAGUACACGAGGCAGGAAAGUCCAUCAUGGGUUCUUAUAGUAAAUUUUUAUUCGUCUAUUUUGUGGUUUUCAACUCGAUUGGAUUUUACUUUUCUCUUUACACCAUGUGCGUCCUCACAGCCAAUUUCCCUCUCCAGUUGGAGCUUCAAAUCUGCAUCGGAGCGCUAUACUUCGCCUACUGCACUGCGGUUAUCAACAUUGCACCAUCCUAUAACACCAGGCUCAUUAUCACCGUGUUCAUAGUGGUUUUGCCUUUUUUGGUCUUACUUGCUGCCAAAUGGGCUAGACACCCGGUCACAAUCAGGCUUACAAAACCUCUCGGAAAAUGGUUCCUUCGGUUCUCUGAAUUAAUUUUCCGAUAAAAUUAUUGUGAUAUCAUUUGGGUCGAUAGGCCCCAUCUUCGUUGGUGCAUGUACUGAAUAAUGACGGAAUACCUUGUCCUCGUUAAGUUUACUUUGGCAGUGUAGGGGGCGACGCCUCUGCAUGGUUGCAGCGUCCCCCGUCUUGUACCCCUCUACACUGUUCUUUCUAUGUUAAUCUUGUUUGCCUCGUUUGUAGGCUUUCUCUGUAUGUUCUGGCAUCUUUGCCCUGGAAUGAAAAUUUCCCAGUGAACCAAAAAAAACAAAAAAAAAAAAAACAAGAAACUUUGAACUGAUUGUUCUUUUUUAUUCA